CCCGCACAGCAAGCUCCACUAUUGGCCGCUAGCAGUGCCGAGGCCGGUCCAUCCGCGGAGGGGGUCCGUCACAUCAUCUGUCAUCGAUAACCCCGCGUAACGGGCACGGCGCAUUCUCACGCAUCACACACCACAACCUCCGACUCAUCUCAUCAACUCACCUCACUCGAUAUCCCAAUUCAAAGCCAAGCUCAAGCCACAAACAACUUCAACUAUCAUAACCCCCAGAAAACCGUCAACAUGUUCACCGGCAUAGUCGAAGAAAUCGGAGAGGUGACAACCUACACCCCCAACGACCCCCUCUCCAAAAACGGCACAACCCUCACCAUCACCCUCCCCUCCACCUCCACCUCCACCUCCACCUCCUCCUCCUCCUUGCUCUCCGACUGCCACCUAGGCGACUCCAUCGCCGUCAACGGCGUCUGCCUCACCGUGACCUCCUUCACCCUCACCCCCGCCGCCUCCUUCACCGUCGGCAUCGCCCCCGAGACCCUCCGGCUCACCAACCUCGGCUCCCUUCGCCCGGGAUCACGCGUGAACCUGGAGCGGGCCGUGCGCGCCGACACCCGCAUGGGCGGCCACUUUGUGCAGGGCCAUGUCGACACGGUGGCGGAGAUCAUCAAGAUCACGCCCGACGGGGAGGCGUUGACGUUUAGAUUCAGACCGAAGAAUAAAGAGGUGUUGCGGUACGUGGUUUAUAAGGGGUUUAUUGCGCUGGAUGGCACCAGUUUGACGGUUACGGCUGUUGAUGAUGGCGACGAGAAAGAGGGCGGGGGGUGGUGGGAGGUCAUGUUGAUUGCGUAUACCCAGGAAAGGGUGGUGGUGGCGGGGAAGAAGGUGGGCGAGACGGUGAAUGUGGAGGUGGAUAUGACGGCCAAGUAUGUGGAGAAGAGCUUGAGGGGGUAUUUGGAGGGGUUGUUGGGGUCUGCUUCUGAGGGAGCGGAGGGGGAGGGGCAGGAGGGCGCGAGGAAGGGGAGGGGGUUGUUGGAGAAGAUUGUGGAGGGGAUUGUUAAGCAGGGGUUUUCUUGAGGGAUUGAUUGGCGAGAGUGAGGGUGAGCGAGUGUUGGACCGAAUGAGCGAGGUUUUCGCCGUAUCAUUAAUGAAGGCUUACGAAGAUGAUUAUGAU